AUGUGGCGCAUAAUCCUGUUGGCGGUACUCCUGUGCGGAGUCAGGGGUCAUCCUAAUAAGGUCCGGGAUGUGACGACAUCGUGUGACAAAGGCUCGAUCACUAUUAACAUAGAUAUGGAGAAGCCUUUCAAGGGUGCAGUUUUCAGUAAGGAUUUCUCAAGAGAGUGUCGGAUUUUAGGUCAAAUGCAGACAAAUGUUUCAUUGCAUUUGCCUUCAAAUACGUGCGGAGUACGAACGUCGAUACAGAAUAAUACGAUGAAAAGAAAUGAUGAACUAAAUUUAUACUACACUGUGGAGCUGGUAGUUCAAAUGGAUAAAAUGCUUCAACAGUCAUCAGAUCAGGAGAUAGUUGUAAGGUGUAAAUUGCAACCUCGUGCGGUGCGGAUAAACAGCUCGGCGCUUGAGGGCGUCAUUAAAUCCAGACUGCGAGAAAUUACCGGCCAUGAAGGGAAACGGAUGAGAACUGGUCGUAACAGAAAGGGUUGGGAGAAAGUAGUUGAGGUGGAACAGGAACAGUUGUUAGAAGCAGCCCGAGCUUGGAUGCAACUGGCUCCAGACACGGUGGAGGUUGGACAACCCACGGAGCUCAUGAUACACUGUACACUACCAGUGGGCGUCGGUCUCCGUGUAACAAACUGCAUAGCGCACGAUGGCUUAGGAGAAGCCUCGCAGAAAUUACUCGACGAAGCUGGCUGUCCCAUCGACGAGACCAUAUUCAACUCCCCAACCGUCCAUCAACACAGACGUGAUGAAAUAGACUUCACCGAUGACCAGAGUUUACAGAACACGAGGAUAGGGAAUACUGACUCCGUCAUCAAAAAUAUGAUGACCUUCCAACACGCAGUGACCACGUUUGCAGCUUUCAAGUUUCCCGAUAGAGCGAAACUACAUUUGUCCUGUGGAAUUGAACUCUGUAAGGGCGUUUGCCCUAAGGUUGACUGUAAAGCCCUUCAAAAACCCCAACAGACGAAAGACGGAUUAGUGAGGAAGGCCCGUCUGGAUAAGGACGCUAAGGGUCUGGUGAUAGAGAGACUAGAAGUCUAUAACAGUAUAGAAGUCCUAGCACCGAACAUUGAACUAGAAGACGAGGCUUCUAUAAGAGGUUCAAGAAGAGUAGAAGAAGAAGAUGGUCUAAAAGGUUUUUCCCCUGGAGACAAGACGAUAUGCCUCUCUCCUGGGAAAAUGGCCUUAGCUUUCUGUAUACUUGGGAUCAUUUUCCUUUGCGCUAUUGCUGUAGCCUUCGCGUCCUUAGUGCGAGCGAGACGGAGAACACCUCGAGAGCCGGUGAAUACGUCUCUCUCUUUCUACACCGGAAGCAAGAGUCUCUUCUCUUCUAGUGGCAGCAGCAGUUCUGGUUUAAGUGGCAGCAAGCUUCUACUAACUGAUAGUCCAUAUUUAGACCAUCAUUCGUCUUCCAGUAAUAAUUGGCCAUAUGCUCGGGCAUUUUAA